AUGGUGGACGCAUCUUACUUGUCUAACCUUCUCCGGCAGGCCGUCCUCUCCAGGAGCCUCACCUCUGGCGAGAAACUACAUACGCAAAUCAUAAAAGGAGGAUUCCAGUUCGAUCCUUUCCUGUCUAACAACCUUAUUUGUUUAUACACAAGGUCGCCUGCCACCCUUCGUUGUGCCAACAAAGUGUUCGACGAAAUUCGUGACCCGGAUGUCGUCUCUUGGACCUCUCUGAUCAGCGGAUAUGCCCAUGCCUACCUUCCCCUCCGCGCCCUGGAUCUCUUCGUCUCCAUGCUCCGCCAUUCCACCCUCCCUAACCAACAUACUUUUUCUGCAAUUUUCCAUGCAUGUGCAGCAAUAUCGGCUGCGAAACCCGGUCUGCAAAUCCAUGCCCAUGCAGUUAAGCUCGGUUUGGAUCAGCAAAAAUUCGUGAGUAGCUCGGUUAUGGAUAUGUAUGGCAAGUGCGGCAGAGUUGAUGAUGGGCUUCGAGUGUUUGAUGGAAUGCCUGAGAGAGAUGAAGUUUCUUGGGGAGGAAUUAUCUGUUGCUGCUCGCAAAAUGGACGUCCUUGGGAUGCUCUUCAGCUUUUCGGACUCAUGCGUGCUUCAGAUGCGAAGGCCAAUAUGUUCAGCCUCUCUGGUGCGCUUUGUGCUUCUGCAGAUGCUGCAGCUUAUGACCAGGGAAGGAUUAUCCACGCUUAUGCUGUGGCUAUUGGACUUGAGACCAAUGUCUUUGUGGGGAGCGCUCUAGUCGACAUGUAUGGGAAAUGUGGGGUUAUAAAUGACGCUCAGGCUGCUUUUCACUCUCUUGCAGCCCCCAAUCUGGUCUCUUGGAAUGCCAUUAUCAUGGCUUAUGCUCAGCAGGGCAAUGUUGACGCUGCACUCAAAUUGUUUGCAGAACUUCGAAGCCAGGGUGUAUUACCAGAUGAUGUAACGUUCCUCGCCAUCCUCACCGCCUGCUCCAAUGCUGGGAUGGUUGAUGAGGCUCGAAACCUUUUAACAUCAAUGAGCACAGAAUUUGGGCUGCCUCCCUGUGUCGGCCAUUACACCUGUGUCAUUUCUGUGCUCUGCAGAGCAGGUUUGAUAGAGGAAGCAGAGGAAUUGGCUCUAAUAAUGCCCUUUCCUCCGGACAGCGCAGUGUGGCGUGUGCUGCUGUCUGCGUGCAUGGUGCAUGGGAAUUCCGUGGUUGGAGAGCGAGUAGGUCGCCGAGCUAUUGAAUCUAGAGACAAAGAUGGUGAGAACGAGGAGGACGCGUCUCUGUAUGUACUGCUUUCUAACAUCUACUCUGGUAAAGCAAGGUGGCAUGAGGCAGCUAGAAUACGCAGGGAGCUGCAUGAACUAAGAGUUCAGAAAGAAGCAGGACAGAGUUGGAUUCAGAUUGCUCAGCAUCUUCAUGUAUUCGUGUCGGGCGAUCAGACACAUCCUUUCACUGUAGAUAUUUACAGAGUAAUAGCAGUUUUGACAGAGGAGAUUAGAAAAUUAAUGUUGGUUGGUGAUUUCAGAUGUAACCACGCAGGUACAUUUGGCAUCAGUAGUAUUGAUGAUCUUCACUAA